UGAAGAUUUCAACAAAUAUGGCGAAGACAGCGAGCGGGCAGAGGGAGAAGAAAGUACUGCAAAUAUUAGAGCAAUGGCGGCGCUUGAAUUCAAGCAAGCAAAUGAAAAGAAGAAGAGCAGUUCACAAGGGUUCCAGAAAAGGGUGUAUGAAGGGAAAGGGUGGGCCUGAAAACGGGCUGUACAAUUACAGAGGAGUGAGGCAGAGAACUUGGGGUAAAUGGGUUGCAGAAAUAAGAGAACCCAACAAUGGCAAGCGCCUCUGGCUGGGCACAUUUGGCACAGCCCACGCUGCCGCUCUUGCAUAUGACCAUGCUGCUCAAAUCAUGUAUGGAACUUCAGCAUGGCUUAACAAUCCUUCUCCUCAACCUCAAAAUCUCAGUUUUAAUAAUUUUAAUGAAGAUCAAAGCUCCAGUGAUGAAAUGGCCGAGGGCGAGCUCUGGGACGUCGAUGUAAACGAAAUUUUGAUGAUGUUGGAUGGCGAAGAAAAUAUAAAUAGCGAACUCACAUCGUUUUCUUCCUUUCAAAACCUCGGCAAACAGCCUUCCAAUGGCUGUAUUGAAAUGUAUUGAGAAAGUAGCUUCAUCUCGAUUUUAAUCAUUCAAGAUUCAAUGUUUUUAUGUAUG